AUGCACAGCAAUGCUCCGCCGCCCUCAGCAGUACCGCCACUGGCAGCCAUAGAUCGAUUUCUCUACAGCCACAACGUGAACGGGAAUAAUUGCUUUGAGAAAGGUUUGAUUGGAGGGUUGUCUCCGGAAAUUUGCGGUGGUGGAAGUGGUGGAAGUGGCGGAGAGUGGAUUGAAAAAUUUAAAAAGCGUUCUUCUGCAAAUUUGAUUAAAGGACAAUGGACUGAAGAAGAAGACAGAAAAUUGACAAGGUUGGUGAAGCAACAUGGAGUGAGAAAAUGGGCACAAAUAGCUGAGAAAUUAGAGGGCAGAGCUGGAAAACAAUGCCGUGAGAGAUGGCAUAAUCAUUUGCGUCCUGAUAUUAAGAAAGAGAGUUGGAGUGAAGAAGAAGAGAGAAUACUAGUGGAAACACAUGCAAGAGUUGGUAAUAGAUGGGCAGAGAUAGCAAAAAGCAUUCCCGGAAGAACAGAAAACGCUAUAAAAAACCAUUGGAACGCUACAAAAAGAAGGCAGAAUUCAAGGAGAAAGAACAAACGCCCUAACUCCCAAAACGGCAAACCCCACUCUUCUAUUCUUCAAGAUUACAUCAAAAGCAAAUACAACCCGGCCGCCGUCACCACUGUUCCCACUUCCACCUUCUCCGAUGACCCUUCAUCUCAUUUCAACCAUUUCUUCUCCGAAUCAUCCGAUUCUACCUCCAACCUCUCGUCGGCAAUCAUCUCAUCGCCGACGUAUGAUGAUGAGCUUCUCUUCAUGCAAAACUUCUUCUCAAACUCAAGCGACUUAUUGUCGUUGCCAUCUGCUGACGAUGGUGCAUCGAUGUGGAAUCAAUCUACGGUAGAGUUUGGCUCUGUCGACUCUGAACGGAAAGCAGAGAGGCCGAAGACUGGAGAUGAUGGAAUCAAUGUGGCAACGAGUAGUCACUUGUGUUCUGACAUGUAUUUGUCAUAUCUUUUGAAUGGGACGAUGAACAACUCUUGUGGCGGCGGCGGUGAGAUUCAGAACAUGGCGGAGCUGCAAGUGAUGGCGGCUGCUGGUGAAGGCCUAUGGGAGAAUUCGCAACAAGUGAAGAAGGAAAUGGAUUUGAUGGAAAUGUUGUCUUUCCAUUGUUACCCUUGA